AUGGUGACACAAAAAUCAGGGGUGUUUCCCCUGCUCCGGGCGGGAUUUCAUCCACAACUCAAACGGGGAGGAGGGGUCAAAAGGUGGGUGGAGGCGAACAAAAUUGACACUUGCCUUUUCGUUGGGUUUGAUGGGCCUGCUGGAGAAGGUGAUGCCCUUGCAGAAGCUCUCGACACGACGAGCCACAGUGCGGUCGUUGGAAAGGCGGAUAUUUUCGCCGUGAACAGGCGGACCGCGGCAACGACGAUGACAGGGGCAGAAGACCACCACUAUUGUCUGACCGAAGGCGGCUUCCUUCACCUACACAAACACGCGAAGGGGGAAAUGGAACAACCCGUAAUUAGUAAAGGUAUACUCACUGAUGCCCAUCUUUCUCCGAAGCUUCUUCACCAGCUUCAUAGUCAUCGUCACAACGACACGUACAGGCGAAUUGGACACAAGCACACUCUCUUUCUGUGCGCGAAGACGGAUAAUUCACGAACGACGACUGCAGCAGAGAUUAUCACUCUAUCUAUUAAAAGAAACCGAUUGAAUAACUCGGACGACAUCCUUGGCGCGCGUAUGAGCAGCAGCAGGCACGCGCCACACCUGGCGGCGACGGCACUAGCACAAUGGUGUCGGAUAGCCGGGAGGGGGUGGGGGAUUUCGCAAUGUAGGAUAGAAGAGAGAGCCGCGUCAGGGACAUCUGCCUCCGUUGAGCGCAGCCGCACAACUGUCGCGGAGUGCGGAAGAGAACCAUGCGGGAGAGGAGGGGAGGCGGGAACUCCGUACAGUAGUCGCGCCAGCGCACCAGAGUUGCCAGUUCUGCAUGUUGCGACUUCCGAGAUACACGUACCGGGGAGUCCCUUGCACCACAAAACUUGGACAUUCCAAGCGGCGGCGGCGGCGGCACGCGACCACAUGUCUCCCGAGUUCCAAAUCAUCCAUCCAACUGCCGUCCGUCUGCCAGAAAUGAGGAUCGCACCAAAAAAAAUAAGCCAGCUGCACAGGCUCUCUCUUUUUCUCCCAUUCACUCAGUCAUUCACUCUCUCUCUCCCACUUACUGCUGGCGGACGGAUGCGUCCCAUGGCCAUAGAUGCGCAUCCUCCGUGCAUCCAAAGAAAAGCCCAGGGACAAAUCCGCCACUGGGAUCAACAGGGAUAG